CACAAGUUGGCGGGAGCCUAUAAAAGCCGGGGACGGCGCGACCCGCGGACACACCGUGCAGGCUCCGAAACAGCCGCCGCUGGACAGGCACCAACUCCGGCUGUGCCCAGACCAUCGGCGCGACCAUGUCCCAUCACUGGGGAUACGGAAAGCACAACGGACCUGAGACCUGGCAUAAGGACUUCCCCAUUGCCAAAGGACAGCGCCAGUCCCCCAUUGACAUUGACACCAAAGCAGCUGUCUUUGACCCUGCCUUGAAGCCUCUGUGUGUUUGCUAUGAGCAAGCAAAUUCUCACAAGAUCUUGAACAAUGGUCACUCUUUCAACGUGGAAUUUGAUGACUCUCAGGACAAAGCAGUGCUUAAGGGAGGACCCCUCACUGGCACUUACAGGUUGAUUCAGUUUCACUUCCACUGGGGUUCCUCUGAUGGGAUAGGUUCUGAGCAUACUGUGGAUAAAAAGAAAUAUGCUGCUGAGCUUCAUUUGGUUCAUUGGAACACCAAAUAUGGGGAAUUUGGAAAAGCGGUGCAACAACCAGAUGGACUGGCUGUUUUGGGCAUUUUUUUGACGAUUGGCAGUGCUAAACCAGCCCUACAGAAAAUCAUUGAUGCAAUGGACUCCAUUAAAAACAAGGGUAAGAGUGCUGACUUCUCUAACUUUGAUCCUCGUGGCCUUCUUCCAGAAAGCCUGGACUACUGGACCUACCCAGGCUCACUGACUACCCCUCCUCUCCUGGAGUGUGUGACCUGGAUUGUGCUCAGGGAACCCAUCAGCAUUAGCCAUGAGCAGUUGAUGAAAUUCCGGAAGCUUAACUUCAAUAAGGAGGGUGAACCCGAAGAGCUUAUGGUAGACAACUGGCGCCCAGUUCAGCCACUGCACAGCAGGUAUCAGAAUACUAUUUAUGCUACAUUCUUGGAAGAUGCCCCCCAAAAUCCUUCAUGUCCUUAUCAUUCUACGAGUUCUGAAUGCUGGCAGUCCAAGACCAAAGUGUUGUCUGAUCUCUGAAGGUGCUAAAGAACAACCUGUUCCAAGGCUUUUUCCAAGCUUCUGGUAGUUCUUGGACUUAUGGCAGCAAAACUCCUGUCUUCACAGGGUGUUCUCUUGGUGUGUCUGCAUCCCAGUUUCCCUUCUUAGAAGGACAUCAGUCACAUUAGCUUAGGGACCCACCUUACAGCACUAUGACCUCAUCUUAACUAAUUACAUCUGCAUGGGCCCUAUUUCCAAGUAAUGGCACUAUCUGAGGAACUGGAGGAGGAAGGACAUAAUUCAAUCCAUAACACUAUUUAACGAUUCUUUUACAUAAUAUUUGUAUUUCUAUGACAAAGUGAAAUGCUAUUCCUCAGAAAUUCCUAAACAUUUCCUUCACGGGCUUGUACUUAAUUUCAUCAUUGUUUUUCAUUUUCAAGGAUUUUAUGGACUAUAUAUAACAACUUUUAAUUACUGCAACAGAAAUAAAUAUAAAUUUUAAAGGAAGAGAAAAUAAAACAGUCUAGGAUCCCAUGUAUUUAUAUUAAAUGUAA